CCCACGCCGAGCCAAAGACAGCCCUGCAUGAACGUCAGUUCGUAACAUGGUUAGCGCGCAGGCUGGCAAUAAAACUGUCAGAAGUACAAGCAAACUUGGGUUAACGCGACGGACGCACUCAAUAUAUUUAAUGGGUGAAUUUCUUCAACGCUGCCUGGAUACAAUUUUCUCAUAAAGCUUGUUGAAGUUUCACUGAUUUACUUGAGAGCCACGAAUCCAGAGCGCAUCAACACAGCGGUUGGUAACCCCUCUUUCCAAGGGGGCAUCGACACACCUCGCGCUGUAGACACUGUGGCAUGUUACAGCUCUCAUUGGUAAAUACAGAGGGUGUACAGGACAAUGCGACUGGUGCUAUAUUUCUCCAUUUCAAACACAGGGAAAGUGUAGCUUCAUUUGGUUAUCCAUUAAAUAGCGUCUGCUUGGACUGUUGUGGGACCAAUUCAUAACCAAAAGGAUUGUCUUACGGUUGAAAAGUAUUCGGGUAGUACUUUUUCUGAUGUUUCAAUAGGAAACAUCAGAUCAGAACAGAGGAUGCUUCACUACAUAUGAACUACAUGCUGGGACCACUCAAGUCUUGUGAGACAUAGUAUAGAGACCUUUGGAAACAACCGAAUAUUCAGGUGUCUGUUGUUGUCUUUCAGCAGAAGGAAAUCUGAACAGAACGUUCUAAAUGGACGUGCGUAAAGGACAUUUCGCACAUAACUUAGUAGGGUUCUGAAGACAUUUGUUAUCUUACUUCUCACUGUUCAUACGAGAGCAAAAACACCUAAUUAUCCUGUGGCUAAAAUCGAAAAACAAGGUUGUCAUGCUUCAAUUGAAGCUUGGACUUUCGGGAAGCAAAACCAGAACAAAAGCUGUGCAGUACUAAUACUUCCCAUCUGGACAUCACACCUGAAUGCUUAACUGACCAACACAGCUUUGACAGGAAAACAGUGAACACACAUCAACAAUCAAUAUUAGCACAUGCUGUGCUUCAUCCAACUGGGAAUCUGCAAAUGCCUUGUUCUUUAUCGCAUUGAGUGGUGAAUUUCUAAGGCCAAGCCAAAAACAUUUGGAAUGAAGUAGUGAAGCAGACUUUUCCCCCCUUGAUGUAGAUCAUGUUAACAUUCUAGUUAACCCUCAAUAUCAACAAGACUGGACCGCCCAGGCUUUGGAGCUGAGCGCAAAUUAAAUUAACCCUGGUUCAGCUUAAAAUGAAGACAGAGUGAGCCAACCCUGUGUAUCACCAUUAUCUUUCAGUGUAGAUUUUACCCACUGAGGGUUAUUGAAACAGGAGGAGACCAUGAAAGCAGCAGUUGAUAGGAAGUCAGAGUCUGAGGUGUUGUGCUCGGCCUGGCUGGAGUGGAGAUAAGAGCUUGGGCGAGAGAGAAAACAGAGUUUGAUGAGACGAGCAGAAUACAAAUCAGUGUCUACUGUCCCUCAGCCAGACUGCCGAAUAAAACCAAUAUUAGUGUGUCUGCUGAAAUGGACAGUGAUUCAGCAACUAUAAUAGCUUUACUGGUUGUGCAUUGAAAUGGUACGAGCAUAAUCAAAAGCUCUAAUAUGAAACUAAAUAGCAAUCACCUUUUCUGUAAAUCUCAAUUUUGGAGAUUUUGUCUCAGAACCCAGUGUGUCUCCAAGACUGAAAUUAUGGAUAAAGGAUCCAUCAGGUCCCAUGGAUACGUGUGACAACCAACAGUGACACCCAUCAAUGCAGCCCUCGCACCAUGCCGAGAAGACAAAGGAGGCCCUGAUUUGAUUGUGGUGAUGUGGCUCAUCUAGACCUUGAACAAAGGUUUAAAGGGGAAAGGCAAGAUGGAUCAGGAUAAUAGCUCCGUUGAUCCGUUCUUCACCAACGCCACGGAGAGCUCUGAACCCACAAAGGCACUAUGGGACAAAGCCACGCUCCUGGGGCUCCAGAUCUUCCUGUCAGCCAUCCUGGCAAUCGUCACCCUGGCCACCGUGCUGUCCAAUGCCUUUGUCAUCGCCACCAUAUUCCUGACUCGGAAGCUACACACGCCAGCCAACUUUCUGAUUUGCUCGCUGGCUGUGACAGACCUGCUGGUGUCCAUCCUGGUCAUGCCUAUUAGCAUCUUGUACACAGUGAGUAAGACGUGGGCCCUGGGGCAGAUUGUCUGCGACAUCUGGCUGUCAUCGGACAUCACCUUCUGCACUGCCUCCAUCCUGCACCUGUGCGUCAUCGCGCUGGACCGCUACUGGGCCAUCACUGACGCCCUGGAGUACUCCAAGCGCCGGACAAUGCGUCGAGCGGGCCUGAUGAUAACAGUGGUAUGGGUGAUCUCCAUCUCCAUCUCCAUGCCGCCGCUCUUCUGGAGGCAGGCCAAGGCCAACGAGGAGGUGAUGGAGUGCAUGGUGAACACGGAUCAGAUCUCCUACACGCUCUACUCCACCUUCGGGGCGUUCUAUGUUCCCACUGUGUUGCUGAUCAUCCUCUACGGCCGGAUCUACGUGGCAGCCCGCUCACGCAUCUUUAAGACACCAGUGUCGUGCGGCAAGCGUUUCACCACGGCCCAGCUCAUCCAGACAUCCGCCGGCUCCUCCCUUUGCUCCAUCAACUCUGCCUCCAACCAAGAGGGCCACCUGCACCCCGGAGGGGGAGGCAACACGGGAGGAGUGGCAGUAAACGGAGGUGGAGGAAGCAGUGGUGGGUCGCCUCUCUUCAAUAACUGCGUGAUGGUGAAGCUGGCUGACAGCGUGCUGGAGAGGAAGCGUCUGUGCACCGCCCGGGAGAAGAAGGCCACCAAGACGCUGGGCAUCAUCCUGGGAGCCUUCAUCGUGUGCUGGCUACCCUUUUUCGUGGUCACCCUGGUACUGGCCAUCUGCAAAGAAUGCUGGUUCCACCCAGUGCUCUUCGACGUGUUCACCUGGCUUGGCUACCUAAACUCGCUCAUCAAUCCCGUUAUCUACACUGCCUUCAAUGACGAGUUCAAGCUGGCCUUCCACAAACUCAUCAAGUUCAAGAGAUGCUACUAAGGGAAUGCGAGUAUUGUACAUACAAAAUAUAUCAUAACCCAGUGUUUCCCAAACGUGGGGUCUCCUGAUUUGAAAAUGGGGUUGCGAGAGAAACUCUGAAGGAAACAAAAAUAAUUGUGCUUGGUUCAUAAAACCGGGGUUACGUCAGUUGUAAUAAACAGAGCGGUUUCUGUUUUCUUAUUACAAAUGUGGUUCUAUUUUUUGCGGGGGGGUAUAAACUACAAAAUAUUAUGAUCCCAUCACUGAAAGAUAAGACUCAGGCACAUGUAUGUGUCUUCUGUUUCCCUCUACAGUGCCCACAAGCCUCAUUAGAACAGAGUGGACAAGACCAGGUACUAAAUAAGACUGGGGUGAAAAGAACAUCAUUCGCUAAUUUUCCAUCCAAUUUGUAACAGAUUUUCAUGCGAAUAUUCUCAAAUCUGCCAAAAACAAUAUGCGCCAUCAACUGAACUGAAUUAUUGAGGAUAAAAUUCUGUGCAUGAUGACGUAGUGCACAUAAAAGUAACUUUUGCCGUUCAAUUCCCAUGUACCGAAUUAAAAAUACAAGUUAAAUGGGUUUCCAUCACAUUUUCAACUCAACUGAUGGUUUUGCGUUAUAUUGCAAAUGUGCCCUCUCUGGUCUUGGCACAUGCGCUGUAGCCAACAGUUCGCAGAUACAGUGCAGGUAGGCUACCUACAUUGAGAUUAUUAUGGAUAAGGGCGAGAUUAUUUGUAUGAAUGAAUGACAUUUUAUUUUCAUGUGAAAUUGCCAAUUGGCAACCCAUCCUUUACGGGAUUAAUUGACACAAACAAACAUGAAAAUAAUUCACUAUGGUAAUUAAAUGAGAAUUCUUAUUCUGGUGUUCUCUGCAUUGCGCAUCGUGUACAGAGUGAAAAAAAGUAAGGUAAAAAUCAAUACAUAAGUAGCCUAAAUAAGGUUGUAUUUGUCAAACGGAAGCCAAACAUCGAUCAUCAUGUCACCAGAAUAUGACCUUCAAUAUUUAUUGAAAAGGAGCAUUAAACUCAUCACCUUGCACAUUCACCUCCCUGUGAAGUUCAUCAUAAUUGAUUUAAUCUUGUUUAAUAAACUGCAUGAUUUCCCGAGUCAUAGUGGGAGGACCACACAACAUAGAGUGGUGAUGGUUAUUACAGUAUAUCAAUAGUUGCACAUAAAGCCACAACAUUUUUUCUCAUAAUUAAUUUUACCGACACAAAAAUAUCUCAUCAUGUCUCAUGAACAAAUUGUCUGUCGGCAUUUAUAAAAUUGUACAGGCAAUUCAUGUUUCCUUCUGCCCAUCUUGAUUUUUUUCAUGCAUCAGUUAAUUAAUCUGCAUGAAAUGGUUGGAUUAAAACGUGGUUAUUGAACUUCUUUUCUACACAGAAGAUCAUACAAAACUGUUGUCUGAUGAUCUUCUGAACUUCCCAAUACCUUUCUGAUGCAUUUCAGUCACUUCAAACCAUACUUCCUUCAGCAUGAAAUACUGUCAAAAGUACUAUCAGACUGAUUUGUAAUAGACUGUCAUAUACCCGAUUAAAAAAUGAAACAUUGGCCGUUGAUUACAUCACCUUUUUUUUUUUACAGGAUGGGGUCGCGGAAAAAUGUGGAUAUCGAAAUGGGUCGUGGGCAAAAAAAGAUUGGGAACUCCUGUCAUAACCUAUUCUCUCGCAAUUCUUAGUAAAUACCGGUAUGGGAAUAUAGGGUCUAUUCAUAUAAACACUGUACUGUGGCAUUUGUUCAUGUUGUAAACACAUGCUCAUUGUGUUUGGUCUCUGUACAUUUGUUGUACAUUGGAACUUCAUUGACAUGCUUAUGAAGUGCCAUACAUCUUACAGAUAUUUCCUUACUAGAAAUGUAUGCAUGCAUAAGAAAAAUUGAAUCAAAUAUUCCAAGCACUAUGAAACUCAUUAUAAAUGAGGGUUUGGGUUGGCAUAUUACAGACCCCAAAGGAAUAGACUUAUCAUACAUGUUUGAGACAAAUGAAGGAGUCUCUAAAGUAUAAGAACUGGUCCUUCUUUGGAUGAAAGACAUAAGGUAAUUAAUCCGUGGAUUAUUUUUGAGCAGUGGAUUAUAAAGCCCCAUUGGACUGGGAAAGACAUGGUAAAUUGUUACAGAAGUGUCACAUACAGAGGCGGAUCUUCCUUAACACGUCUGUUGUACAGUACAAUAGAGAAAUACGUAUAUAAAGAUUCAGUCUUACUGUGUCUCUCUAUGUGGCUGCAUUUGUUUAUGUGUGGAGGAGUUGUCACCUUGCUCUAGGUGUAAUGAUGUGUGGGGAGGGGAGAGUUACAGUGAAUGAAAUGUGGACAUAUUUUUCACCAGUGUGGCAUCAGCUUAUUGUAUCCAACUGAUUAAACUUUAAACAUUA